AAUCAGCUUGCCGCUUAUAAAUUGAGUAUUGAACGAACUCGGUUGCACUUGAGAAAGGUGUAUUAUCGGCAACUUUUUGAUCUGUGAAACAGAAUUUUGUGUCGAAGAAUGGCCAACCCAAGGGAAUCCAUGUUGUUGACAGAAGAUAAGUUGGAAGAAUUAAGAAACGCCUUUCAGACGAUCGAUUUAGAUGGAAGUGGCCAUAUAACAGUAAUGGAACUAGGUGAUGCAUUGAAAGUUUGUGGUUUUACUUUACCUGGCCAUGAAAUUCGCGAUCUAAUACAAAGAUAUGAUACAAAUAUCAAAGACGGAAAAAUAGAUUUUAUGGAAUUUCAACAGGUAUAAUAUUUAAACUAGUUUCUAUUAAUGCUUUUAUAUAUUUAUAUGUCGGGGCAAAUUCAAUUCUUUAUCAAGAUUAAACUUUCUAAAUAUUCAUAAGAUUAAAUUUGUAAUUUAAGUCUUAUCAGAGAACUACGUCUCAAUUUUAACUGUUCCAUAAUACGAGAGAAAAAUUUUGAUAAAGUACUGAAUUUUGGCAAACUACAGGCAUAAGCUUAUUUCUCUUUUUACUUUCUAUUAUUUAAUAUUUUAGUAUAUUAUAUGCUACCUUUCAUAAACAAGGAAGUAACAUUAUGGAGCCGCAACUGAAAGUAGAAAGUGAAUAGAAUUAGAAAAUUAUUAUAAAAAGAUUAUAAACAUAAAAAACAUUAUAAACUCUCGUUUCAUCUUUAAAAAUUAUAACAAAAAUAAGAUGGAUUCAGGUAGAUUUGUUUUAAAAAAAAAUCCCCUCCUCCUUUAAAAAAAAAAUAUAUCCAAUAUUUUUAAUGCUCUAUUGUUACCCUUAAAAUGUGAAUAGUCGUUGAUUUCAACUACUAGUGUUUACUUGUGUGUGUGUUUGUGUUUGUUUGUCUUUCUUUUUUUUGUUUUGUAAUAUUUUCAACUAAAAAGAAAAAGAGUAAAAAAUAUCUUCUAAUAGCACGGACAAUUUGAUGUGUAUUUUAUUCCUUUAUUUACUGUCACAAAUAGAGAUAGUUACGGAAGUAAUUGUAUUUUUUGCCCCCUUUUCACUUUUCUCCUUUUUUAUUUGUUUAUUUAUUUCAAAACAAAAUGAUAUCGAUUGAACUCUUUAGGUUUGUAUUUUAGUCUAAUACAAAAGUAUAAAAUUGAACUAAUGAAUGUUUAAUUUUAGAAUGAGAUUUCUUUUACUAUAUAUAUUUAUAUUUAUACGCGUAAAUACCUUAUAAAUAUUUGCUUUUUGAUAUGACAGCUAUAUGGUGAUGUUAAAGCCAAGUACGAUAUUGGCCACACCUACAAGAAAAACGUUGCUAAAGCUACUAACGUUGUCACCCAUGGAGGUACGUCAAUGGCAUCAUCGGUGGGAACCACUCAUACUGUGAAAAUAGAAGAACAAAUGGCCUUUUCCAAAUGGAUCAAUAGCAACCUAGCUUCUGAUGGCGAUUGUCGAAAUAUAUUACCGUUGAAUGCCGAAGGAAAUGAUCUUUAUCAUAAGUGCAGUGAUGGGAUUUUAUUAUGCAAAUUAAUUAAUAAAGCUCAGCCAGGCACUAUUGAUGAAAGGGUAAUGAAUAAGGGAGCUAAAUUAUCGCUUUUCUCUAAAAUGGAAAAUUUAACAUUGGCUCUUAAAUCUGCACAAUCAAUUGGAUGCAACAUUGUGAAUAUUGGUUCGGAUGAUUUACAUAAGGGUGCUCCUCAUCUGGUUUUAGGCCUUUUAUGGCAAAUUAUCAGAAUUGGUUUAUUGGCUGAUAUCAAUUUACACGACAAUCCUGGACUUAUACAUUUAUUGAAUGAAGGUGAAACAAUCGAGGAAUUAAUGAGACUAUCACCAGAGGAAAUAUUAAUUCGAUGGGUUAAUUAUCAUUUGGCUAAUUCCGACGCUAACCGAGCAAAUGAGAAUGUCCGCAUAAACAACUUUGGAAGGGAUAUUGAAAAUUCUAUUGCCUAUUACUAUUUGAUUCAGCAAAUUGCACCAGCCGAUACCAGAAUUGAUAUUUCUGGUAAAUCAGAUGGAAAUUUAGAGCAUAGAGCGGAAAACAUGUUACAGCAAGCCGAGAGAAUCAAUUGUAGAGCUUUCGUUCGUCCCUUGGACGUAGUAAAGGGAAACACAAAAUUGAAUAUGGCUUUUGUUGCAAAUUUAUUCAACAAUCAUCCAGCCCUGGAUAAGGUCACUGAUAACGACCUCCUCGAGCAAAUUGUCGACGAAACUAGGGAGGAGAAGAUGUAUCGUAAUUGGAUGAAUUCCUUGGGCGUUCGUCCCUUUGUUAAUCAUCUUUAUUCCGAUUUGAAGGACGCUCUUGUAUAUUUUCAACUUUUUGAAAAGAUAAAGCCCGGUUCAGUCGACUAUAGUCGUAUUCCAAGUAAUUUCAGUAAGCUAAAACAAAAGAGAAUGAUUGAAGAACUACAAAAUUGUAAUUAUGCCGUCGAAUUGGGAAAGCAAUUUAGAUUUUCAUUAGUUGGAAUAGACGGUAGUAAUCUAGCUCACGCUUCCGAGCAUAAGAGCUAUGCUCUUUCUCUAAUUUGGCAACUAAUGAAAGCUUAUACGCUAAGCGUGUUAUCUAAAUUAAGUGGUACUGAUAAACCGCUGGCAGAGAGCGCUAUAGUUAGUUGGGCCAACCAAAAAUUAUCCAAAAAAGGCAAGACUUUCUCCGGUUUCGGUGACCAGAGAUUAAGCGACGGAGUUAUUGUUAUCGACGUGAUUGAUUCUAUCCAGUCAAACAUAGUCAACUACAGUCUAGUAAAGCAAGGUUCUGGUGAGGAGGAAAAAACAAGCAAUGCUAAAUUAGCUAUUUCUUGGGCAAGAAAAAUGGGUGCUGGCGUCUAUGCUCUACCGGAAGAUAUAGUAGAAGUUAAACAAAAGAUGGUUAUGACCAUAUUCGCAUGUCUAAUGGCUGCCGAAUUAGAGAAUGAACAGAAAAAAUCUACACAGUCUUAAAAACGAUCAUUUUUUUUUUAUCUGAUUUCAUCUUUUAUUUUUGUUUAUAUAUUUUUAUUUCUUAUAUUUUUCCGCUUUUUAAAAACUUUAAUAAUUAGUUACUUAAAUGGAAUAAUUAAGUAAGCAAGUUAAUAUGGCUGUUACAGCCACAAGUUGUACCUUUGAGAGAAAAUUUUACAUAAUCUAAAAUAUUUUUUCCACUAAUAAUCACGUACAGUUUGGAUUAUUACAACGUUCUUUCGUAUCUC